ACGGUCGCUGGUGUCAUCAGCAUGUGGUUGCUGCGAACGUCUUCCGUGUUAUUAGGAGUGUUAGGGAGCAGAGGAGUGACCCGGACCAUGUGUGCACAGGUGAGUGACUGGCAAAGUGCCAAGUCCAUCUAUGAGUUCUCUGCCAAGGAUAUUGAUGGCAAUGAGGUGUCUCUGGAAAAAUACAGAGGUCAUGUGUGCGUCAUCGUAAACGUGGCCUCCAAAUGAGGAAAGACCAGAGUAAACUAUACUCAGCUUGCGGAAAUGCACGCUUCCCUGGCUGAGAAGGGUUUACGCAUCCUUGGAUUCCCAUGUAACCAAUUUGGAGGACAGGAGCCUGGGACCGAGGCGGAAAUUAAAGAGUUUGCCAAAGGGUUCAAUGCAAACUUUGACCUCUUUAGUAAAAUUGAUGUGAAUGGAGACAACGCUCACCCUCUUUGGAAGUGGAUGAAAGCACAGCCAAAGGGAAAGGGAACCUUUGGAAAUAAUAUAAAAUGGAACUUCACAAAGUUUCUUAUAAACAAAGAGGGACAAGUGGUGAAGCGGUACGGUCCAACAGAUGAUCCCAGUGUGGUGGAGAAGGAUCUGCCUGCAUACCUGUAAUACAACCAUCUCCUAUGUGUAUGGUCACGUGGAUCUUCCAUAUGGACUUGGAGGUUAUUGGUGUGUGUGUGUGUCUGGACCAAUGAUGUCCUGUCUGUGAACCCGAUCAUUGGGACAGACAGGUCUGAUGACUUGGCGUGCAGCUUCCCUCCAGACAUCCCACAACACAAACCUAUAAGACCAUAUGAGUAGAGAUUCCUUUGUGAUCUAGCAUGAGAAAAGCUUUACAAAUGACAAGAGCUUAUCCAUUCCUUCUAUAUAAUCAUUGACUUGUUGUUUUGGGUUUUGUGUACAUGCAUUAUGCCAGCUGCCUGUAGAGGCAUAAGAUGCCAUGCUCCACUGACGUCUCCAAAUUUGUGAUAAUAGCUGGACUGGACUCGAUGAAGUCUAUUAGCAAUUCAUCUAUUUUCUAUCCGGCUUAUCCUCAUUAGGGCUGUGUUCCAAAUUUUGAAAUUAAUGACUUUGCUUUGCAUUUUACAUGCUAGUGAGAAUCAUGGUCUCUUGGCCAUUACGAUUUACGUUUAUCUGCACUUAUCAGGUAAAAACAAUAAUGCUCAUCUGCUGUAAUUGUCACGUCUGUUAUAUUGCUGAGAAUUAAAUGUCAACAGAGUGUGAA